ACCCACCUUUCGUUUUAUUAGCUCUCCUUGUUCCCUUUUACCCUUUUUCUCUUUCGUUCUCUGUCUUUGAUGGUUCUGAGAGAUGGCCGUGGAGUUCAUGAUGGAGUAUAGGAACAGCAAUAGCAGCAGCAGCAGCGAUUUCAGGGCGAAAAUGGAAGAGAACGCUGUGCAGGAAGCGGCGUCUGGGCUCGAGAGCGUCGAAAAGCUAAUCAGAUUGCUUUCCCAGCAGAGUCAGCAGCAACAGCAAUACCAAUUGUCGUCUUCCUCUAGUUCGAAACCUUCGUUGGAAAUGGAGAUGGACUGCAAGGCCGUGGCGGACGUCGCCGUUUCGAAGUUCAAGAAGGUUAUUUCUCUUCUGGGUCGGGCUAGGACCGGCCACGCUCGCUUCAGAAGAGGCCCUUUGGCUAAUUCCCAAAGUCAAGAGAAAGAGAAGCCUUCGGCUUCUGCACCCAACAAAGUUUACUACGCCACCCCGAUCCAGCAGAUCCCACCUCUUCCUCACCACAACCUCAAUAAUCAAUACCAGUACAGCGACUCUUUGAUGCCUAAAAAGAUCAGUGCGAUCGAGAAGAAGGACUCGUCUACCACGAUCAAUUUCUCCUACUCUGGCGGGACCUCGUUCAUGUCGUCGUUGACGGGCGACACCGACAGCAAGCAGCCGUCGUCGUCUUCGGCCUUUCAAAUCACGAAUCUGUCUCAGGUUUCCUCGGUAGGAAAGCCGCCCUUGUCUUCUUCAUCGUUGAAGAGGAAGUGUAGCUCCGAGACCUUGGGUUCCGGCAAGUGCGGUGGCUCCUCCGGCCGAUGCCAUUGUUCCAAGAAAAGAAAAUUGAGAAUGAAAAGGGUGGUGAGGGUUCCGGCGAUUAGCUUGAAGAUGGCAGAUAUUCCACCGGACGAUUAUUCAUGGAGGAAGUACGGACAGAAGCCGAUUAAGGGUUCUCCUCAUCCAAGGGGUUACUACAAGUGCAGCAGCGUGAGAGGUUGCCCAGCACGUAAACACGUGGAGAGAGCUCUGGAUGAUCCAGCCAUGCUAGUGGUGACAUACGAGGGCGAGCACAACCACUCGCUGUCUGUUGCCGAGGCCUCCAGUCUGAUCCUAGAAUCCUCUUGAAGAUCACAGAUUCACAGCGCUGCAAGGAGCAUUCCGCUUGAUUUAUGUUUCAUUUUAUUUAAAGGAGCUAGAAUAGUAGCAGUUUAAUGGCAGCAGUAUAUCUGUUGGCUCGAUCGCUCAGACUCAACUAUAUCUCGAAGGAGAUUAGUGGGGUUAGUUUAAUUCCUGUAACAUAUUGGAUUCCUCUCUCUCUCUCUCUCUCUCUCUCUGUAUCUCUCUCUCUUGGAGCACUGUGGAAUCGUUAUGAUUUUAAAACAAGGAAAAAGGAGAAGAUGGUGGAUUUGGUAAUA